ACCUCCCCGGCCGGCCACGUCCACCGAGCUCCUACGCCAGCAGAUCGACGCCGCCGGACCCGUCCACCCCGUCUCGCCGCUGUCAGAUCAUCCUCAGCCUCCAGCUCGCCUCCGCCCAGGUUCGACCUCGGCCUCCAGCUCGCCGCCCCCAGGCCGAACUCAACCUCCAACUCACCUCCGACCAGCUCCGGAACAACUCACCCACAGAUUUGGGCUCCUACAGAUCACGGGCCCUCAGCGGCCCUGAUCCUGUAUUAUUUCCGGCGCCUACCGCUCCCAAUGGCAGACCUAACGGACAUAGGCUGCUGCAGCUGCUUCAGUUUCCUGAGGAAGCGCAGCAGCAGCGCGAAGGUAGCCCGGCCUCGGUCCACCGACGCCAUGCUCUCCAAGGAUUUGCUGAAGCGCCAGUCUAGCGAAGAAGAUCUCAACGCGAGCUUCUAUACCGGGGAUGAUCCCGAGAGAAGCUUCUACAAUGGGGACGACCUAGAUAUGGACAGAAGCUUCUAUAAUAACGGAGAUGAUGCUGACGCGAGUUUCUACGAGAGGGAUGGUGUCGAUUACCAUCAUGAAAGUGAUGACGAGCCGCCUCGGAAGAAGUCUGAAGAUAUUAUCCUGACAAGGGCUCAGAAUGGCUUCGCGUGUAGAGAAAGCCUGGUUAAGGAGACCAAGAAGGUGUUUCGGUCAGAGGACGAAAUUGGCAGUAAGAUGAUCAAUCAGUAUGUUCACCUGGGCAAGAUAGGUGCUGGAAGCUAUGGCAAAGUGGUUUUGUACCGAAACAUUAAAGAUGGGAAGUUAUAUGCAGUAAAGGUGUUAAAUAAACCGUACAUGUUGAAAGUGCGUGUUGUACGGUCAGAAACGGCCAUGACAGAUGUUCUGCGGGAAGUAUCCCUCAUGAAAAUGUUGGAUCAUCCCAAUAUAGUAAAUCUCAUUGAGGUGAUUGAUGACCCAAACACAGAUAAAUUCUACAUGGUUCUUGAGUAUGUUGAAGGGAAAAUGGUCUGCGGUGAUGGUUUAGGAGAAGAUACUUCAAGGAAGUACUUGCGGGACAUAAUCUCUGGUCUUAUGUAUCUUCAUGCUCAUAACAUUAUUCAUGGUGAUAUUAAACCGGACAAUCUCUUGGUCACAAAUACUGGCAAUGUGAAGAUAGGGGACUUCAGUGUUAGCCAGAUUUUUGAGGAUGAUGAUGAUAUGCUUUGGAGAUCUCCAGGUACUCCUGUUUUCACUGCACCGGAGUGCUGUCAAGGUUCAGCCUACCAUGGUAGAGCAGCUGAUACAUGGGCAGUUGGUGUUACUCUGUAUUGUAUGAUUACCGGGCGCUAUCCAUUUCUGGGGGAUACUUUGCAGGAAACAUACGACAAGAUUGUCAAUGAUCCAGUAGAAAUUACUGCUGACAUGAGCCCUGAACUUGCUGAUUUGAUACAAAGGCUGCUCUGCAAAGAUCCAGCAGAGCGUAUCACUCUGCAGGCUGCAGCUGAGCAUCCUUGGGUUGCUGGGGCCGAUGGGCCAGUCCCUGAAUUCAUCUGUAGAUGUGGUUUUGGUCGGAGGAAGAGAAAUGUUAUACAGGAAGAGGUACAAUAACAAAGAGCCAGUCGUUUGGAACCGAUUAUUGGGUGGUGUGUAGUGUAGUGUAGAUAACUGAUAAAGUGUGAAAGCGAAACAAGUGAGAUGAAUUUCAACUGAUGAGGCUUUUCCCCCUUUUUUCCCUAUUGAGUCAGUUGGUGCUCGGCUGAUCACCGCUCCUCAAUUUUGGGUACAGAAUAGAGUGCAAUCUGCAGUUUUCUCGCAGCAUAACGUCGCUGCAAGCUUACAAGACUUAUGUUGUGGUGUAUGUUUUAUGUGUCUUUUUUGAAUCAAAUAUAAUGGCCGUUUGAAUGA